UGAUGUGAUGGAUAUAUAUAUAGGUAGUGUAAGUAAGAAGAAAUAUUUCUUUUUAUACAGUGUAAACUUAGAUAGAUAAAAAAGUUUCAACAGUCGUUCAAAAUGAAUCUGGUUGCAAUAGCAUGUUUGGUUGUAAUAUUGGCCUCUUCAGGCCAUGGAAUACGGUGUUACGUAUGCACCAAUUGCAACGAAGCCAAACAGCUAAAUGGUACUCAGCUUCAAAAUUGCCCGGAUUCCCUACCAGCUUGCUACAAAGUGUUUGCAAACGGUGAUGUGACGAGGUCGUGUAUUAGCGGCAAUCUCGAUGUUGGCUGUAAAACCGAAAAUCAGAUAGAAGCAUGUGUGUGCAAAAAAGAUGCAUGCAACGGGGCUGGAACUGUCAAAUCUACCGCCAUAUUUGGAUUCGUCAUCAGUCUCUUCGUCGCAAAGUUUAUUAACAUUAUAUAGGGUGGAAGAAUGCACGUAUUUUUUCCUCUUACACUAAUCGCCAUUUUUUUUAAAUUUAAUAUUACUAUUUACAAUGGAUAGGUGUAAUAGAAAAAUAUCGAAAAUUUGACAAAACAUGACUUCAAGAUAUUUCCCAUCAACAUCAUGUUAAAUAUUGAUAAUUCAAUUAAACUUUUGGCAAGUUUUCAAAAAUUCCGCAGAUUGGCGAUGCUGAAACCAAAUUUUGUGAAACUUAAAAUCUUGUCUAAAUAUAUCACAUGAUCGAUCAAAAAAUUCUGAAAAGGGCGAUUUUUAUAAUAAACUAUAAAUUUGAAAUUGCUGAUAGUAUGUUAUAUAUAAUGCCCAAACCUGCUUUCUCGUAUGUACUCAUAUAGUUCGACUCGAAAAUGACCUUAAAACAAAACUGUUGGCAUAAUUCUUCAUCAUGCAAUAAUUAUAAUUGUUUAAUUCCAGAUAUUGUCAGGUUUGUAAUCAAAAUGGCAGUUACAGCUUACAGAUAAAUCUCUUUCUUGUAAUCGAUCUAUAACCAAAUCAAUGUUUUCGUAAAUUUUAGUGUUUUAAAUAAAACUAUUAUUGUUAUUUUUACUUCGUGCUGGAGUUAUGUUCCUAGGUGAUAAACAACCUAUGAUGGAGCUUUGACGAAACCAAGGAAACGAAACCGGAAAAAAUGCUGUUUUGUAAUGAUAUAUAGUAUGAGAGUUGACAGUUUUCAGAAUAUUACUUGUUUUAUUACUGUAGUUAAUGUUAAAAUUUCAUUUCAGUUGAUGUGAUUGACAAGGGUACUAUUGUCCUUAAUUGCAUUGUACUUAUGACGUCAUAUUUUAUGAUUUGAAAAAUAAACUGUUUCAAUGUC